AAGCGGUACCUCAGUCGCGCUCGGCCGGGGGGAGAGGAGUUUGGGCGCAAGAGAGAGAGCAAGCUCGGCAGGACGCGGCAGGCGCGAACGGCUCUGGUCCUCCCGACCGAGCGCCCGGAGAGGGAGCCGAGCCAAGCCUGGUAAGGGGCGUCCCGUGAGGGUGAUCGGCAUGGCGCUUUCGGUGCCGGUCAACGGCAUGAAGGAGGAUGGCGGCGGCAAGGAGCCCCUCAUCGAGCUCUUCGUCAAGGCUGGCAGUGAUGGUGAAAGUAUAGGCAACUGCCCUUUCUCUCAGAGACUCUUCAUGAUUCUGUGGCUCAAGGGAGUGGUAUUUAGUGUUACAACAGUUGACUUGAAAAGGAAGCCUGCAGACCUUCAGAACUUGGCUCCAGGAACACACCCGCCCUUCAUAACAUUUAAUAACGAAGUGAAAACUGAUGUGAACAAGAUUGAAGAGUUCCUUGAAGAAGUUCUCUGCCCACCCAAGUAAGUGUCACUAAGAUGGUU